GCUAAAAUCUGAAUUUCACGGCGUUCUUCCUCCAAAACCCUAGGCAAAAACCUCCCCUCAGCCUCACCACCGCCACGAGAAAAAAUGGCUCGCAGCGCUAACCCUAAGAAGGCCAAGCGAAAGAACAAAAAGAACAAGGGGUCGUACGACGGACCGUCGUCUUCGACUAUGCCUUCCAAGCCGAUGACGGUCUGGCAACCUGGAGUCGACAAGCUCGAGGAAGGAGAAGAGCUCGAGUGUGACCCUUCUGCCUACAACUCUCUUCACGCCUUUCACGUUGGCUGGCCCUGCUUGAGCUUCGAUAUCGUCCAUGAUUCCCUCGGUUUAGUUCGGACUGAUUUUCCCCACACAGUUUAUUUAGUUUCGGGAACUCAGGCAGAGAACCCUGCUUGGAACUCUAUCGGAAUAUUCAAAGUCUCUAAUGUCUCUGGUAAAAGACGCAAACUCGUGCCUAGCGAGAAUGCUGACGGGGAAUCGGACGCGGAUGACGAUAGUAGUGAUAGUGAUGAAGAUAGUGAUGACGAGGAGGCUGGUGGAUCAAAGGCACCUUCUUUGCAGAUGAGGAGAGUGGCCCAUGGAGGUUGUGUUAAUCGCAUUCGUGCUAUGACUCAGAGUCCUCAUAUAUGUGCAACUUGGUCAGAUUCUGGUCAUGUACAGAUAUGGGAUUUCAGCAGUCAUCUGAAUGGUUUAGCAGAGUCCAAAACAGAAGCAGUAAUGAAGGAUCCUCCUCCAGUUGUAAAUCAGGCCCCAUUAGUUAAUUUCAAAGGCCACAAUGAAGAAGGGUAUGCCAUAGAUUGGAGUCCUCGUGUUGCUGGAAGGAUGGUGUCAGGGGAUUGUAGGAAUUCUAUUCAUUUGUGGGAGCCCACAUCUGGGUCUUCAUGGAAUGUUGAUCCUGCACCAUUUCUUGGACAUGUUUCAAGUGUUGAAGAUCUACAGUGGAGUCCCACAGAAGAUGACAUCUUUGCCUCUUGCUCUGUUGAUGGGACUAUUGCAAUAUGGGAUACUCGUCGAGGAAAGGUACCAGCAAUUCGCUUCAAGGCACACAAUGCUGAUGUUAAUGUCAUUUCAUGGAACAGGCUUGCUAGUAUGAUGUUGGCCUCUGGAUGUGAUGACGGGACAUUUUCUAUUCGUGAUCUUAGGUUGCUGUCACAGAAUAUGGACGAUGAUACAUCAGUUGUAUCACACUUUGAUUACCAUAAAUUCCCCAUAACCUCCAUUGAAUGGAGUCACCACGAGGCUUCCACAUUAGCUGUUUCAUCAGCCGAUAAUCAAUUGACGAUAUGGGAUCUGUCACUGGAGAAGGACGAGGAAGAGGAAGCAGAGUUUAAAGCUAAAACAAAAGAGCAAGUAAAUGCCCCGGCAGAUCUUCCUCCACAGCUUCUCUUUGUUCAUCAGGGUCAGAAGGAUUUGAAGGAACUGCAUUGGCAUUCUCAGAUUCCUGGGAUGAUCGUGUCAACUGCUGCAGAUGGUUUCAACAUCUUGAUGCCUUCCAACAUACAGACAACUCUCCCUUCGGAAGGCAGUUAGGAACCCUCUCAACACAAACUGCUUUGAAAUCCGCUUCUCAAAUCCAGUGUUACUUCUUCUGCUUCUUCUUUUCCGUUCUGCGUGGGUUGAAAUAGUUUUUCCUUCAAACUUUUUCUUGGUGCGUCCAAGAUGGAUGUCUUCACACUCUCAGUAUCGUGUUUUUGCUUGAAUGAGAAAUUAGUUAAUUAUGCCCCCCUUUUUUACUGCUUUGAGGAAUGACGUUAGGGCCUAUUGGGCAUGUGUGAUAAUCUGGGUUUAAUCUCUAGUGUUAGACCAUUUGGCCCGUGGAGAUCUUUAGGAAAAAGGAAGGUUAUGGAAGUUUUUGCUACCCUGCUGCUGCAGAUGUUCGUGUACUCCC